AUGUCAGAUUUCCGAAUCCGGCGGAAGAGAGGGCUGGCGGCGGCGGGGCGAUACGAGGCGGAGGCCGGGAGAAGGGUUACGGCUCCUGGAUUUGGAGAAGCGGUGGUGGUGGUGGUGGCGGUGGAGAGGAAGGUGGACAUAGAAAAAGAGAUUUUGAGGCUGUCGUCUGCCCUGUCGGUUGAGAUGGAUGCGGGCCCCGCGAAGGGAUGGCUUCCUAGUCAGCAACAGAGCAUAACCGGAGACACGUACUCUGUCACUGGCACGAUCUAA